GGCCGCGCGCCGUAGUACCUGUCAGUCAAAGGACAUUUAAAUGGCUUCACUGUACAGCGCCGUUUACCUCACUGCACGGUAAUAACGCUGUUACGGUGUUAUUCAGGCAAACAGCUGCGCGGACACCGUCUGUGUUUACCGUCGGAGGUUCUCUCCUUAAUCUAAACACAAAUUUUAACCUUUAAAUUUGUUCAGAAAGCCAAAAACAAUGAGCGACGAGGACGACUUUUUGCAGAAAGCCCGAGCCGGGUUUGAAGAUCUGUGUCGGGCUUUAAAUAUGGACGAAGAGGCGAGCACCGAGGCGUGGAAAACCUACGAAAACAUCAGCAGAAACUUUACAUUAGAGGGCAGCGAGCUGCACUGGCUGGCCUGUGCUCUGUACGUGGCCUGCAGGUCAUCAGUGCCGACGGUGGGGAAAGGCACUGCUGAGGGGAACUACGUGUCUCUGACCAGAAUCCUACGCUGCUCAGAGAUGAGCCUGAUAGAGUUUUUCAGUAAGAUGAAGAAGUGGCAGGACAUGGCCAACCUGCCGCAGGAUUUCCGUCAGAGCACCAACAAGCUGGAGAGAAACUUCACCGUGUCGGCGGUCAUCUUUAAGAAGUACGUUCCCAUCUUCAAAGCCAUCUUCAAGGCGCCGUCAGACGAGCCGCCCCGAGUUCACCGCAGCCGCAAACAGAGACGCCAUCCCUGCACUGUGACUGAGGUCUUCAACUUCUGCUGGGUUUUAUUUGUUCAUGCUAAAGGGAACUUCCCCAUGAUCAGUGAUGACCUGGUGAACUCGUAUCACCUCUUGCUGUGUGCCCUCGACCUCGUCUUCACCAACGCUCUGCUGUGCAACGCCAGGAAGGACCUGCUCAACCCCAGCUUCAGAGGUCUCCCAGAGGACUUCAGCAGUAAAGACUUCAGGCCGUCUGCAGGUCCGUACUGCUUCAUAGAGCAGCUGUGUGAGCUGCAUGACGGUCUGGUGCUGGAGGCCAAAGGAGUCAAAGAACACUUCUGGAAACCUUUCAUCAAGAAACUCUUCCACAAGAGGAUCAUCAGAGGAAAAGAGGACAGUCUGACUGGCUUUCUGGAUCCGAUGAACUUUGGAGACAGUUUUUUGUCUCUGACUCGGGUGUAUGAGGAACAUGUUCUGGCCACCGGCAGUCUGGAUGAGAGGAUCUUCACCGGUGAGGGGGCAAGCGAGGACAUCGGCACCCCGGGGCCCUGCCUGUGUGAGGGGGUGGAGAACCAGGAUAGCGCCACCUACAGGCUUCACACCAGCCUCACUGCGUCGGCUCUGAAGGUGUCUACUCCUCUGACAGGGAGGAAGUACGUUCAGGAGAACAGCUUGGCGUCUCCGGUCUCAUCCGCCAUGAAGAGUGUUGGGCGACUCCACACCCUGCUGUCAGGAACCAAACAGGGGCCGAGUGCUAAGCUCACAGAAACUCUCAGGACCUGUGCCAGAGACCCCAGUGAUGUCAUCAAACAGCGCCUGAAGGACAUGUUCGAGCUCCUCUGUCAACAUUACGAGGGCAGCGGGGCCGAGAACAGGGGGAUGGAGAAAGACAUGGCAGUGAAGUACUUCCACUUGGCAGAGGCGCUCUACUACAGGAUCCUGGAGUCCAUCAUCGAGAGAGAGAAGAUGAUCCUGGGAGACGCCGACCUGUCGUGUAUUCUGGAGCAGGACAUCUUCCAUCGCUCCCUGCUGGCCUGCUGUCUGGAGAUCGUUGUCUUCUCCUACAGACCUCCAGGAGAUUUCCCCAACCUGAUCUCCAUCUUCCAGCUCCCCGCCUAUCACUUCUACAAGGUGAUUGAGGUGUUGGUGCGGUCAGAGCAGGGUCUGUUUCGGGAGGUGGUAAAGCACCUGAACCAGGUGGAGGAGCAGGUUCUGGAGAGCCUGGCCUGGACCAGCGAUUCCCCGCUGUGGGAAAGCCUCCGUACAUCCAAAGACCCCGUCCCCGCCUGCCAGCAGGUGAUGCCUCCACAGUAUCUGGAACAAAGCGACGAGAGCAGCAGCGGCAGCGUUCCCGUCACUCCAAUCAACCACGGAGCUGACCUCAACGCCAACAGCACUGUCAAAGGCAUGUCCCCCUCCCCCACCACCCUGCUGGACCGGUACAGUUCUCCUCCCACCGGCUUGCAUCGUCGCCGCCUGUUUGUUGACCCGGUGGACGGCGAACCUGGAGUCACCUCCAGCACCUCCACCAGCACAGCGCCACCCACUGUGACCAAGACCGGCCAGCCCAGCCUUGUCACGACCAUCCCAGCCGGGCAGACUGUGGUCACCAUGGCAACCGCCACUGUUACUGCCAACAACGGGCAGACAGUCACCAUACCUGUGCAUGGUAUAGCCAAUGAGAGCGGAGGCAUCACCUUCAUCCCGGUCCAGGUGAGCGUGACCGGACAGGGUGGAGCUACGCUGCAGCCGCUGUCUGCACAGACUCUGACAGGCACCCUCACUGUCCAAUCACCCGUCACCAAACCAGCUGUCAAACCAGCCAGCAGGCCGCUGAGGAAAGGCUCGCUGUCGCUGUUCUUCAGGAAGGUAUACCACCUGGCCAGCGUGCGCCUCAGAGAUCUUUGUGCCAAACUGGACAUCUCAUCAGAUCUGAGGAGGAAGAUCUGGACAUGUUUUGAAUAUUCUUUGGUUCACUGUACUGAGCUGAUGAUGGACCGUCACCUGGACCAGCUCCUCAUGUGUGCUGUUUACGUCAUGGCAAAGGUGACCAAAGAAGACAAAUCCUUCCAGAACAUUAUGAAGUGUUACCGCACGCAGCCUCAGGCCAGCAGCAAUGUGUACAGGAGUGUGUUGAUCUCAGGGAGGAGGAGACGACACUCAGGCAGCAACGACACCAACAAACACAACUCACCUGCAGACACCACCCAGGAUCCAGGUGGAGACAUCAGUCCAGUUUCUAUCCGCUCCAGCAGCACCAUGCCCACCCCCCAGCCUGGCAGUGCCCCCUCCACCCCCACCAACACCUCCAACAAGAACUCCUCCUCCUCUUCUUCCUCCUCCUCCUUCACAGUGGGUGACGGAGAAGAGGAGCGAGGAGACCUGAUCCACUUCUACAAUAACGUUUACAUCAAACAGAUGAGACACUUCGCUCUGAGAUACUCAGCCAGCUCGCCGUCUGCAGGGGUGGAAACCCCCCCUCUGUGUCCGUACCCCACCCUGAGGACAGGCUCCCCUCGUCGCAUGCUUCUGUCCAGCAAACACUCCAUCUACAUCUCACCUCACAAGACAGGCACCGUCCCCACACCGCCCACCCCCAGAGACAAGAUUUACUACUAUAUCUGCAGCAGCCCCCCCAACCGUCUGCAGGAGAUCAACAGUAUGAUCCGCACCGGAGAGACACCGACCAGGAAGCGCAGCCUGCCUCUGGAGGAUGAGACGUCCCCCAAGAGGGUCUGUCCAGAUAACCACUCUGCUCUGCUCCGCCGCCUGCAGGAUGUCGCCAACGACCGCAGCUCCUCCCACUGAGACCACACACAUACACAGAAUAUAUCACCAUUAUGACACACCAACACCAUCAUGCCCCACCUUCACUGUCCCGUCAUACAUAGUCAGACUUUGUAGGAGCACAUUGGUCACUUCCUGCAGUGAUAAUAGACUUUGUAGUUGUACAAACUGUUCCUGUCCGUGAUGUUCUGCUUUCUGAACGUCUGGCUGAGCAGCUCAAAGCUACAAACUGACGCCAAGUUGUUUUGUAACGUGGUAGCAGUGAUCUGGAGGCAGCUCCUCUGGCUCUGCUGCACUACAGAGUUCCAGUAAAAGUUGUCUUGCUUUUUGAGGGAAGAGCCAGAAGUUUUCAAACUGUGAGGCUCCUCCCUGAGGCGGGGUGAGGAUGGGAGACCGGUGAGGGACAGGUGCAUGAAGGUGUUUUAACAACAACAGGAAGUUAGUUUGUCAGCUGAUUUGACUGCUCACCAGCACAGUCAGCAGGUGGAGCUGCAGCAGAGAAAAAAAAAAGAGAACAGAACAGAACCAGCUUAAGAACCAGAGGUAAUAUGGUGGAGAAGGGAGUAUGUCCAUAAAUCCACUUAGGGGCUGUUCUGUACUUAUCAGAGGAGGGGGGUGGCUCGGGUGUGACUUAACUCUUUUUAACCCUCCCUAAAGCUACAAAUAUUUUUCCUUUGGCCUCUCUGAAUGACUGUCAGAGAUUGCACAACCCUCCCUCCACCAUGAAUUUAUUAGAUUUUUGAAAAUUACUCUUUGAGAAAUUUGAAAGUUAAAAGUGAACGACGAAAAACUGUCUUUUUCAGUCUUGUCGUGCAUGCUGGUUAGUUCAUGUAGGUGGUUUAAUUUUGUGAUUUUGAUGAGUAUCACUAUUUUAAGCUCAAAUUUAUUUCGUUUUUUUUUUCUGAAAACAUGCCUUUUCAGAAAAAUCUGUGGUAAAAUAAAUACAAAAUACAACCACUUAAUUUUUUUUAUGCCCCUCCCCUAAGCCAAAAUUAAAAAACACAAGUCCCUCCCCAGUGCUUACGAAAUUAUUGGACAUGCCUCCAUCUUUUUGCACCACCCCCUCCUCUCUCAUAAAUAACGAACAGUCCCUUAGAAAUCAUAGAAAGAACAGUCUGCAGAACUGAGAAUCAUCAUGUUUUUAAGUUUUUCUGCAGACUCAGUGAUCAUUGUCUGUAAAUCUGUUUGUACACUGCAGACACACAUACGCUGCUCACACAUCACUCAGCUCACUGUGAAUCGACACACUUUGACCACAGAUAACAGCAGCGAUCAAUACGUGAUCAAUCAUCAAACACAUUUCUUCUGCACUGCAUUGUGUCUGAAUGGAGCCGUCAGUAUUCUGUCGCUGAUUUCUGAACUCUCUGAGUGUGAAACUUUUCAUUCCAUCCGUUUAUUAUCCGAUACGAGAUGAAUGUAUUUUAGGAUUUUAUUACUGAACAUGUUUUUACUGAAGUGAAGGUGUGAUGAAGUUUGUGAAGGCUCAACAGGAUGAUGUCGCUCUGAUGCUUUACUUUGUGUUCUUAAAAUGUUUUUACAUGUAGUCUUAUUAGUUACCAUGUUUUCUAUGAUACUAAUAACUGAAUAUGAUUUAAUCUGGAGGCUUAAAAGUUUAUAAAGAGUUUCAUUUCAACAGAGAGUUUAUCCAUCGUUAGAUUUCACCCUGAUGUUUGUAAUCAUGACCAUUUAAAGGGCUCGACACUGAUUCAUCAUGUUUAAAGUGAUGUUAAUGGUCCCAGCAGCAGAUUUCAGUCUCAGUGAAACUAUCUGUGUUUGACUCUUUGUUUACUUCCUGUUAUCAUGUGUUGUAACUCGACCCUCACCGACUGUCCUGAUGAGAAGUGUGUAAAUAUUUGUAUAAAAACAGAGAAGUUAUUUUAUGGAGGUGAUGUAAGUUAAGUGCCUUUAUUUUUUACUCCUGAAUCUGUUUGUUUGUUUGUUUGUUUACACCUGACAAAGUUUAUUAGAUUUUCUUGAUUGUAAAAAAAAACAAAAACUGAUGGAAUAAAAUGUCUAAAGUGAA